CCUUCAUCUGCCAAAGAUCUCCUCGUCCCCAUCUUCUUUUUUUUUCCUGUGCUCAUCUCCCAGGUGCCCUGAAUCUUAGCUGUAUUCGUCUUUCUCUUCGGGCUUCUUCUUCAAGCAAUUUUCCAACAGCCUAUACCCACCACCCAAGAUGGCUGCUCCCGCCCACAAGUUCAAGGUCGCCGACCUCUCGCUGGCCGCCUUCGGCCGCAAGGAGAUUGAGCUGGCCGAGAACGAGAUGCCCGGUCUGAUGCAGACGCGUGAGAAGUACGCUACCGACCAGCCGCUCAAGGGCGCCCGCAUCGCCGGCUGCCUGCACAUGACGAUCCAGACGGCUGUGCUGAUCGAGACGCUGGUCGCUCUCGGCGCCGAGGUCACCUGGACCUCGUGCAACAUCUUCUCCACCCAGGACCAUGCCGCCGCCGCCAUUGCUGCCGCCGGUGUUCCCGUCUUCGCCUGGAAGGGCGAGUCCGAGGAGGAGUACAACUGGUGUCUGGAGCAGCAGCUGCUGGCCUUCAAGGACGGCCAGAAGCUGAACCUGAUCCUCGACGACGGCGGUGACCUGACCCACCUCGUCCACGACAAGUACCCCGAGAUGCUCAAGGGCUGCUACGGCGUGUCCGAGGAGACCACCACUGGCGUCCACCACCUGUACAAGAUGCUCAAGGAGGGCAAGCUGCUGGUCCCGGCCAUCAACGUCAACGACUCGGUCACCAAGUCCAAGUUUGACAACCUGUACGGCUGCCGCGAGUCGCUUGUCGACGGCAUCAAGCGUGCGACCGACGUCAUGGUUGCUGGCAAGAUCGCCGUCGUUGCCGGCUACGGCGACGUCGGCAAGGGCUGCGCCCAGGCCCUGCACUCGAUGGGUGCCCGCGUCCUCGUGACCGAGAUUGACCCCAUCAACGCCCUCCAGGCUGCCAUGGCCGGUUACCAGGUCACCACCAUGGAGAAGGCUGCCUCUGUUGGUCAGAUCUUCGUCACCACCACUGGCUGCCGUGACAUCCUGGUCGGCAAGCACUUCGAGGCCAUGCCCAACGACGCCAUUGUAUGCAACAUUGGUCACUUCGACAUUGAGAUUGACGUUGCCUGGCUCAAGGCCAACGCCAAGAGCGUGUCCAACAUCAAGCCCCAGGUCGACCGCUACCUGCUCGCCAACGGCCGUCACAUCAUCCUCCUCGCCGAGGGCCGCCUUGUCAACCUCGGCUGCGCCACCGGCCACUCGUCCUUCGUCAUGUCGUGCUCCUUCACCAACCAGGUGCUGGCCCAGAUCAUGCUGUACAAGAACAGCGACGCCGCCUUCUCCCAGAAGUACGUCGAGUUCGCCAAGUCGGGCAAGCUCGAGAACAAGGUCUACGUCCUGCCCAAGAUCCUGGACGAGGAGGUCGCCAAGCUGCACCUGGCCCACUGCAACGUUGAGCUCUCGACCCUCACGCCCGUCCAGGCCGAGUACCUCAGCCUGCCGGCCGAGGGCCCCUACAAGCCCGACCACUACCGCUACUAAGUGCGCACCUAAUAUCCCCCUGUCGUGCUCGGCCGCGAUGGGGGCUUUUCUUACACGUAUCUUGGUUGCUGCGUGACUGGAACCCUUCAACUGGGUUCUGGCUUGGGCUUUUAUCGUCGACACCAAAGCACAACGGAUUUUCAACACAACAUUGCAUGACUAAAGGAGCAUUGGCUUUAUGGUAAACUGGGGAAAACACCUUGGCAAAGGGGACAGGGUUCUGGGAGAUCUGGGCAUGGCAACUGAACCAUAUUUUCAACAAAAGUUCGGCGUUGGCAGCAGUUUGAUGAUACCUGUCUUUAUUUGACCUGAAGACGACUUUUUCGAGAAUUGAACCCCAGAACUGGCUUUUAACAUGCCAGAGCCUGAUGGCACACAUAUUGGUUUCUGAUGGUAUCUGAUUGUUUGCCCGUCCUAUGAUGACGCUGCUAGGGCUUUGUGUUUUUGAUGGCCUAGCUGCCACGUGAACUCGAUGUUGAG